GUCUCGAGGACAUUUCAAUUUUCAUGUUGCUGUCAUUGUGUACGGCUUGCGUCUGUGUUUUACUGUUUUCUAAGAUCUGAUAACAUAUUUACAGUGUGAUGGGCGAGUUAAUUUAAUAAAAAUGAAUACCCUCUUGACGUACGUCCGUAGCUUGCUGGGCUGGGGUGAUAGAGAUUCAGAAAUAAGAAUAAACGUAAAACGACAAAGGUCGGAUUAUGAUGACUAUCCGUCUGAUGAUGAAAGCCCAAAGAGACUGAAACAAAUGAAGAAAACUAUUUUCCCUGAAGUGAUGUCGUCAAAAGAUUUAUUGGAAGAGAAAAGGUUAAAGAAUAUAAGAUACGUCCCUAUUGAAGUGGAAGAUGGACAUCCAAGCACAUCUACACCAUACGAAAGUAUUAAUAAAGAAAAUCGUGUGAGAACAGUGCCAAUAAAAUUAGUUGGAAGGCAAAAUGGGUCUCUCACACCCGUGAGGAAAACCAGAGUGCAUACUCCAGCACCCAUGGUCAGGGCUGUUGUUCUAGACGAUGAUGAUGAUGAUGACAAUGAGGUAACCUUAGUAGAAGCAAAACCGGAAUCAAAACCAACAAAAUUAUAUGUGAACUUGGAUGAUGAGAGCAAUGAUGAUGUAGUAUAUGUGAAGAAGAUAUCCACUCCUCCACCACGGAAACCUUAUAAAUUUUUCGUAUCCAAAAACAGUGAUGUCACCGAUUUUGUGGGCAAUGAUGGUGCCAAAUAUAAACUAUACGAGAAAGUCAAUGACAGGAAAUCCAGCCUGUCCCCAAGGUCAUAUAGUGUACUUAGGCACAAUACGGGAAUUACAAAAUCAUACAAAAGAGCACCAAAUGUUUCUCUACCAAACUGGGUUAAAGAGAGAUCAACGAUUAAUCCACGUUUCAAGAAUUAUCACAACCUCAACGGCAACACAGAUGCUACUAUAUCUAAACUAUUUAAUAUACAAGCAAAGAAUGAUUAUAUGGAGCUAAUUAAAAAUCACGCAUCAGAUAAACCAAUACUUUCAAAGAAACUUGUUGAUAUUGUUAAUUUAGCAGAUGAUUCCGCAUCAUUUAGACUUACUAGGAAAACACAGAAGAGUUCUCUCAAUGAAAUCUUAAGGAUAGAAAAAGACCUAAAGAAUAGUAAAGACAAUGAAGUGACUAGAGAAUAUGAUCCCAUAACUGUAGCGUCUAUAAAUUCUUCAGACUCAGAUGUAGAUAUAGUUCAAUCAGAAACAUCCACAGUAUCAUCAAUUAGAAUAGAGCCAGUCAACACGUUGCGUGAAUCGUUCAAGGAUAAAUCGGUCACGUCUAGUGAUUGGUUAAAAAAUAUAGACGCAAAAUAUAGGAAAAUGAAGAAAGACAAUCAAGAGAAGUUAAAAGAUGUGAGACGAGAAUCUGAUAUUAUAUCUAAAGUGAACCAUGAACAGACUUUAGCGCGGUUAAGGACAAAGUUGAAGUAUGAUUUAGUGUUAGCUGAGAGUUUGAUAGAGGAAGAGCAGCCGACUGUGGAGUUACCUCCUCUAACGGCUGAACAAGAGAAACUUGUUAAUAAAGCCUUGGGACCGGGGCCAGCGGGACAAGUGUUUAUUGAGAAGUUUAAUUUAAGGAUAACAAGACGAGAUCUCCAAACACUCCACGACCUCAACUGGCUGAAUGACGAAGUGAUCAACUUCUACAUGAACCUGCUGAUGCAAAGGAGCGAGGAACGGAAGGACUUGCCCAAAGUGUACGCUACUAAUACGUUCUUCUAUCCGAAGCUGAUGCAGUCUGGUCAACCAGGGUUGAGAAGGUGGACGAGGAAGGUGGACAUAUUCGCCCACGAUAUCAUGGUGGUACCAAUCCACUUGGGCGUCCACUGGUGUAUGAGUCUCAUAGACUUCCGCAAGAAGAAGAUCUCGUACCUCGACAGCAUGGGUGGCAGGAACCAGGCUGCGUUGGAUGCCCUACUGAAGUACUUGAAGGACGAGCAUCAGGAUAAGAAGGGACAGCCGUUUGACGAUAGCGGGUGGAAGACUGAAAACUUGAAGGACAUCCCGCAACAAAUGAACGGCAGCGACUGCGGCAUGUUCUCGUGCACGUUCGCGGAGUUCACCUGCCGGGACGCGCCAUACACCUUCACACAGGCCAACAUGCCAUAUCUCAGGAAAAAGGCCGCUCUGGAGAUUAUACAGGGGAAACUGCUGCUAUAAAUGAUACAAGACGGCCAUGGACGGAAGAAUUAGACACAUAUUGUGAAGAAUCUAGUUGAGAAUACAGUGAAUACAUACAUAGUGAUACGAAGAUAUCAGCCAUGGAUGUUAAAAUCUGGUUGAGCAAAUUGAAUUAGUAACAAAGCAUGAUUCAUGUUGCACCAUGCCGGAACCGGUAAAUAAAUGAAACAAUAUCUAUACAUAUUUCAACGCCAUGGCCGGGCCUAGCCACAUUCAGGCAUGAAUUACUUCAUACAUAAAGUACACGGUGUAGCAUGAAUUAGCCUUAAAGCUUGUGCUCAUGUCCUAAAAUACGCACUAGAAAUACUGCAAGCCAAGCUGCUGAUAUGAGCUAUAAACCCAUAGACAUAUUAACAGGAAUAAGAAUAAAACCACAAACACGUUGAUCAGACAAUCUCAGAUUCGAUAAAUUCUACUUGUACACAUGCCCUAAGUAAAAAGACACUGUUGGCUGCAAUGUUAAAACUUCACAAGCAACGUAAACAUGAUUUUACUCUAGAAUGUUAUGAAUAUUAUUUUUAGGUACAGAAAAAGAUAUUUUGAUGUUGACUAUAAAUUUAUCCAUAACUUAGGCCGAUUACAGAGCUUCACCGACCAUCAGUGCGUACGUCAGUCGCGCUUGUCAUAUGUAUGGAAAUUCAUAAAACCGUUCAUAGCUAGACCGACCAUACGCACGCGUAUUGUCAUGCGCAUUAGUGUCAUAGUCAUACACAUUGUUGAUGCGUAUCGUCAGGACCGACGGUCGGUGAAGCUCUGCAACUAGCCUUAUAGUGAAUUAUCGAUGUUUUGCCGAGUUUAGUAUACUUUGUGCGUCUAUGCAGUAAAAUUCAAAUUUAUUUCACUUGCAUAUAAAUUUUGACUUUUUUCUUUAAUAAAUAUGGGUCUAUAAUCAAUUUAUUGACAGAAUUACCGUGACUUGGCUUAUGCUUGGCUUAACUUUGAAUACAUGUUCUUCAGAUAAUAAUAUAUGUAUAAAGAACACGCUUUGUUAGUUUUUGCACAAUAAUUUGCUAGGACUAGAGUCUUCUGUGAAGGUUUAAGCCCUUAUAUUUCCCUGCAUUUUGCCAAAUUGUUCUUAUUUAAGGCCGGUUGCAGAGCUUCACCGACCAUCAGUGCGUACGUCCGUCGCGCUUGUCAUAUGUAUGGAAAUACGCGUGCGAAUGGUCGGUCUAGCUAUGAACGGUUUUAUGAAUUUCCAUACAUAUGACAAGCGCGACUGACGUACGCACUGAUGGUCGGUGAAGCUCUGCAACCGGCCUAAAUGCUUUCUAUCUCAACGUAUAAAUGUAGAUUUUGAUGUGAGAGUUUAAAGUUUAAACUGCGUCAAAUGAAUUGUCAAAUACGGCCGGUCCCUUAUUUGUAAAAUAGAAUCAUUGAAUAUCGGUUCCAGCUAGAUACUGUUAGCUUAAGAUAAUUUAAUAAUGUAAAUAUCUUCGGAACAAACUUUUCAACCUGUAGAAAUUCGGUUGUAAGUAAUGUAAUGUCGGUUUGCUUAUCAGAAUAUAGGGAAUUUCAGUUCAAUGUAGUAUUUAUAUAAAGUUAUUUGUUAACGCGUAAAGACCGAUAUUACAUGACAACACAGGAAUUGGAAAGUUUAAAACAUUCAUACAAUAUUAGAUUAGUCAUAUCAAUGUUGUGUGACAUUCAAACUAGAUCAUAAUUAAAAAUAAUUACUUUCAAUGUAACGUAAAUAAAUUCGUCAAAUUUUAUAUUAAACAUAUUCAGAUAAGCAAACUGCCGUGUAGGAAUUUCACAAAAAAGUUAUCACCUUUAUUAGAAAAUCGAUAGAAUAAUAAACAAUGCAUAUUAUAAAGACGUGAUAAAUAUUUUUGUGAAAUUAAAAAAAUGCAUAGUAUUGUAAUUGGACAUUCGUAUUUAAUAUAUGUGUAAGUUAUUCCGUUGCGACUCCAAUUAAAAAUAUGUUUCGUACCAUGACAGAUUAAAAAUCGAUGAUUUCGCUUGUUUCGCGCCAAUAGAAAGAUGAUUGAAGGCUGCUGCGCAAAUGCGUAAAAUAAAGUAUAAAAAAUAUAACAUUUUAUUGAUUUUUUUUCUUUGUGACGCAAUUUUAUACAUUUAUACUAGAAAAUGUUAUUUUUUUUGGUAUUUAAUUUACCUUUGUUAUGAAUUAUUUCUGUCAUGGUAUCUCCUAGAGAUAAUCAUAAUACAUCGCAGUCCCAGCAUCCCAGAUAUGUAUUUAAGAGUUUUCUAAUACAAUAAAACAAUUGAAAAUAA